AUGAGCCUGACCUCCAGACAUGGGCAGGUCGAGGGCAUGACAUGCGGUGCCUGUGUGAGCAGCAUCGAAUCCGGCCUGACUCAGCCCGGCGUCAAGUCUGUCAGUGUAGCCCUCCUGGCGGAGAAGGCUACCAUCACAUAUGAACACUCGUCCGGAUGGACGGUGGCCAAGCUAUGCGAGGCAAUCGAAGACAUGGGCUUCGACGCUUCGCCCCUACCAGAUAGAUCAGAGGAUACAGUCACGCUGGGAGUAUACGGUAUGACAUGCGCGAGCUGUACUGGCUCUGUCGAGAGAGGACUGCUCGCACUUGCGGGCGUGGAGAGCGUAGCCGUCUCGCUCGUCACCGAACGCGUCAAGGUCACCUACGACAAGUCGGUCCUCUCUGGCCCUCGCGCACUCAUAGAGACAAUAGAAGAUCUCGGCUUUGAUGCUGUGCUCCAAGACGAAUCAGAUACCCUCCAGCUCAAGUCGCUCGCACGUACCAAGGAAAUCCAAAGUUGGCGCGAUGCAUUCCGUCGGGGCGCAAUGCUUGCUGUGCCAGUCUUCCUGCUUAGCAUGGUCUUCCCUAUGCUGUCCCUCGUCGGUCCGCUCGUCAAUCUGCGUCUCGUCAAGGGCAUUUAUCUGGGCGACUUGCUAUGUCUGCUCCUUACCCUUCCAGUUCAGUUUGGCGUCGGUGCCCGAUUCUACAAGUCAGCAGCAAAGAGCUUGCAGCACGGAAGUGCCACUAUGGACGUCCUUGUCGUAAUGGGCACCUCUGCAGCCUUCUUCUUCAGCGUCUUCGCCAUGCUCCUCGCGCUCUUGCCCGGCGGCGAUCCAGACUUCCACCCAAAGACAUUCUUCGACACUUCUACUAUGCUCAUCACUUUCAUCUCCCUUGGCCGAUAUGUAGAGAACCUUGCCAAGGUCAAGACCUCAGCUGCCUUGUCCAAGCUGCUACAACUAACACCAUCGUCUGCUAUCAUCUACACCGACGAAGCUUGUACGGUUGAGCGCAAGAUUGCGACCGAACUCGUGCAGCUCGGUGACACGGUCAAGCUCGUGCCAGGCGACAAGAUUCCUGCCGACGGUCAUGUCCUGCGCGGUCAGUCGAGUGUCGACGAGAGCAUGGUCACCGGUGAAGUCAUGCCUGUUCCCAAAACUCUAGGCGAUGCGCUCAUCGGCGGCACCGUCAACGGCCUUGGUACGCUCGACAUGCGUGUGACGAGAGCUGGCAGAGACACGGCACUCGCACAAAUUGUCAAGCUCGUCGAUGAGGCGCAGACCUCAAAGGCGCCCAUCCAGGCUUUUGCUGAUACGGUCGCAGGCGUUUUUGUCCCUGUCGUGCUCUGUCUCGGUCUGCUCACUUUCGUCGCUUGGAUGGUUCUCUCGCACACCCACGUCUUGCCCACCUUGCCCACAAUCUUUCGAGACGCCACAACGAAUAAAUUCAUGGUCUGUCUUCAGCUCUGCAUCUCCGUCAUCGUGGUCGCCUGCCCUUGUGCGCUCGGUCUCAGCACGCCAACGGCAGUCAUGGUCGGCACUGGCGUCGGUGCGCAGAAUGGUAUCCUCAUCAAGGGCGCUGGACCUCUCGAGGCGAGUCACAAGGUCGAUCGCAUCUUGCUCGAUAAGACGGGCACGAUCACAAUGGGUAAACUGACUGUCAAAGAGAUCGCUUGGACAGACACUUCUGCCGUAGAUGCACAAGACCUGGCCGCUCGUCAACAAUGGCAACGUGAGGUGUUACUGAUGACUAGCGCGGCAGAGAGCAAAUCAGAGCACCCUCUGGCAACAGCUAUCAGCGCUUUUGGACACUCGUCUCUGAGCUCGUCAGAAGCCGAGGCUUCGGCUGCUAUUGCGUCAGUCGAAGUCUCGGACUUUCAGGCUGUCAGCGGUCUUGGCGUCAAGUGCAAUGCAAGUCUGAGCUCAAGCUCCACCCGCCAUUCUCUUACAAUCGGCAACGCGGCGUUCCUCGCCAGAGACAGCCAUGUCCUCUUGCCAGCUUCGCUUGAGGGCUUCAAGGACGAGCAGGAAGCCCGAGCGAGGACUGUCAUUCUCAUCGCGAUCGAUAACGCGCUAGCCUGCAUUGUUUCACUCUCAGAUACGAUCAAACCUGAAGCUCGUCAAGCUAUCGAAGGGCUGCGGUGGAUGGGCAUUAGCGUCCUGAUGGUAACGGGAGACCAUCGUGCAACUGCGCUCGCUAUCGCUGCAGAGGUCGGUAUUCCUCCAGAGGACGUUCACGCUGGUGUAUCACCACAAGGCAAACGCGCGCUAGUCGAGCAGUGUAAGAAAGAGACCGCAGGCAGACGUCACAUCGCUAUGGUCGGCGAUGGUAUCAACGAUAGUCCCGCACUCGCCUCUGCCGACGUCGGCAUUGCACUUUGCUCUGGCACAGACAUAGCAGUCGAAGCGGCAGAUAUAGUGCUGAUGCGAAACGACCUUCUUGACGUCGUCGCCGCGCUCGAUCUCUCGCGUCGCAUCUUCCACCAGAUCAGGCUCAACUUCUUAUGGGCGACUGUCUACAACCUUGUCGGUAUCCCUCUGGCCAUGGGCGUUCUGCUCCCCUGGGGUAUUCAUCUGCAUCCCAUGCUGGCGGGUCUGGCGAUGGCGUUCUCUUCGGUUUCUGUCGUUGGAUCUUCGUUGACACUGCGCUGGUGGAGACGGCCCAGAAUUGCGUGUCAUCGAGACGAAAUCAAUGCGCGCGACAGCAAGGUCGCCAUGGCGUCCACGCUUUUUGCGUCUCUGGGCCGAACCAGUCACUCGGCUCUGCGAUCACUAUCAGGUCUGAAAGCUCGCUUGAUGUCUCGCGGGCCGACAGUCACGUCUGUCGAUUAUGUUCCCCUCACUACUGCGGAGCCAGUCUAA